AUGACUUUUCACUUUCAGUUUGGAUUUAACAUGUUUCCGGAGAUUGUCAGACCUUUCAACAACCACUAUAGAUGUUUUUCUGUGUCGAUGUUACCGGGUACAUAUCGACGAGAUGUAGAACGUGGAGGGAAAAUAAUCAUGCCACCCUCAGCUUUAGAGCAUCUCACAAGAUUAAAUAUUAGAUUUCCUAUGUUAUUCAGAUUAAGUAAUGAAAAAACUAAUAGAAUUACUCAUUGUGGAGUUUUAGAGUUUGUUGCGGACGAAGGAAGAGUUUAUUUACCUUGUUGGAUGAUGUACAAUCUUUUGUUACAAGAAGGAGAAUUAAUAAAUGUUGAAAGUGUAAAUUUACCUGUUGCAACAUUUUCACGUUUUCAACCACAAUCAGAAGAUUUUUUAGACAUCACAAAUCCUAAAGCUGUUUUAGAAAAUGGAUUAAGAAAUUUUGCUUGUCUUACAACAGGUGACAUUAUUGCUAUAAAAUACAAUCAAAGAAUAUAUGAAAUGUGUGUUUUGGAAACAAGACCAGGUUCAGCAGUCACUAUCAUAGAAUGUGAUAUGAACGUUGAAUUUGCUCCACCAUUGGGAUAUGUAGAAAAAGAGACUAAAAAGGAUGAAAAUGUAGUAGAUCCUGCAGAUUUAAUGCCAGCACCAUCUGGUUUUGUGCCAUUCAAAGGAGAAGGUAAUAGACUAGAUGGCAAAAAACGUAGAGAUUUUGCAAAACCAGAAGUUACCACAAGUAAACCGGCUUAUGUUAGAGGAAUACCAGAUUAUGAUUAUAAAAUAGGAACACUUACGUUCUUGCGCAUUAGUAAACCUGUUAAUAAUAAAGAGGCAAAAGACCCAGAUGAAUUUAAAGCAUUCACUGGUGAAGGUUUUUCUCUUAGGAAAUCAAAGUAAUUAAAUAAUUGGUUUAUUUAUUUUCAUACAAUUACAUGUAUUUGUAAAACUUUUUGUAUAUACGUAAACGAAUUAACCUAUAGUAUAAAAAUUUAUAUCCUAUAACUCAAAUAUCUUACAAGUGAAGUCAAAAAAUUACCAUUAUAAAAAUAAUUAAUAUAUAGUAUUGUAUUAUCACAAAUUAUAGGAUUGCAGUGAGAAUUUUAAUCUACCAAAGGACCCCAGAAAUAUUUACUGGGUUUUGUUGGAUCUUCUGUUAAGAAGAACUCACGACCCAAUGUUAUGAAUUCUUCAAAGCUAAUUUUACCAUCAUCAUUAGUAUCAAUAUGACUGAAGGAAAUAACUGCAUCCUAUAAUAAAUAUUUCAGUUUAAUCAA